AGCAGCAGCAGCAGCAUCCCUGUACACCCUCCUCAUCAAUAUGCGCUUCAGCUCCUGAAUGUAAGAGCCUCUUAUUGCACAGUCAGAGACGGCAAAGAAGAGCGGAGCCAGUAUUCACGCCGGGGAGGCGAUGUCAGUGCAUAUUUCAUAUCUGACUCCCUCCACAGCAAGCUGCUGACUUUUACCCCCCUCCUCAAGCGACUUUCUCCUUUUGGGCAAUCAAUGGAUGUACUCUGAUUUGGAGAGCGUCCGGAACCGUCUCGACUGUUGAUUGGGGGGCUCUUUGCUGUUGCUGUGGUUGUAAACAACGAGAGAAGAGGGGGGGAAAAGAGGAAAGGGUGAUGUUUGCCUUGCACAGGGUUCGUCAAUUUCGCGUCUUGUCCGCGCUGGUUGUCGGUUCGAUUGUGUGUUGCGCGAAAAGCGUCAACGAACCGGGCAACAUGUCUUUCGUGAAGGAGACGGUGGAUAAACUACUGAAGGGAUAUGAUAUCCGACUGAGGCCGGACUUUGGAGGGGCCCCUGUUGCAGUGGGGAUGAGCAUAGACGUGGCCAGCAUAGACAUGGUGUCAGAAGUCAACAUGGACUAUACGCUGACCAUGUAUUUCCAACAGUACUGGAGGGACAAGCGUCUAGCCUACAUAGGAAUUCCUCUCAACUUGACCUUGGAUAACAGGGUUGCCGACCAGCUGUGGGUCCCUGACACCUACUUCCUCAACGACAAGAAGUCUUUCGUCCACGGAGUCACAGUCAAAAACCGUAUGAUCCGCCUGCAUCCAGACGGAACCGUUCUGUAUGGCCUCAGGAUAACUACAACAGCAGCGUGUAUGAUGGAUCUCAGGAGGUAUCCCCUGGACGAACAGAACUGCACUCUGGAGAUAGAGAGCUAUGGCUACACCACAGAUGACAUCGAGUUUUACUGGAAAGGAGGCGAGUCGGCUGUAACGGGGGUGACAAGGAUUGAGUUGCCUCAGUUCUCCAUUGUCGAUUACAAGUUGGUGUCCAGAAACGUAGUCUUUUCCACAGGUGCCUACCCUCGACUGUCUCUGAGCUUUAAGCUGAAGAGGAACAUUGGCUACUUCAUCCUGCAGACGUACAUGCCAUCGAUCCUGAUUACCAUCCUCUCCUGGGUCUCCUUCUGGAUAAACUAUGAUGCGUCAGCAGCCAGAGUGGCUCUAGGGAUCACCACGGUGCUGACAAUGACCACUAUCAACACCCACCUGAGAGAGACGCUACCCAAGAUCCCCUACGUCAAGGCCAUCGACAUGUACCUGAUGGGCUGCUUCGUCAUGGUCUUCCUGGCCCUGCUAGAGUACGCCUUUGUCAAUUACAUCUUCUUUGGAAGGGGCCCUCAAAUGCAAAAGAAGCUAGCGGAGAAGGCAGAGAAGGCCAACAAUGAGAAGGCAGCCAAGUACGACGCUGCGAGGGAGGCAGGUAGUAGGACCGCAUCCCUAAAACGGUCCAAUCAGGUUAAAGGUCUUCGCCACUCACGCUCGGCGGAACCGCAAAGCCACGGGAACAUCCUGCUAACCACCCUGGAGAUCCAUAACGAAGUGGCGGGAGGCGAGAUCACCACCAGCGUGGCGGACAUUAGGAACUCUCAGUCCAUGGUGCAGUUGGACAGCACGGCCUCGACGCACAUCCAGUACCGCAAACAGAGUGGCGGGGUCGGCCCUCGCUCCGCCAGCCGCCACUCCCUGGACCGGUCCACCCAGAUAAAACGCAGCCGUCUGCGGAGGCGGUCCUCGCAGCUCAAAAUCAAAAUCCCCGACCUAACGGAUGUGAACGCCAUCGACCGUUGGUCACGGAUCAUCUUUCCCUCCGUUUUCUCACUGUUCAACCUCAUCUACUGGCUCUACUAUGUCUGAUUGGACUGUUUUGUUAAGAUGUUAGUUGUUGUUUGUUUGAUUCUUUUCCCAUUUUGUUCUCUUUCUUCCUUUUUUCUGUUGCUUUUAUACAUGAUGGAAUAUGUCGAGUUAAAGACUGCAACACUACAAGACAAAAAAAAUUAAAAAAAACAGACUGAGAAAAGACUACUGAGUUUUGGACCAAGUUCUCGUCAAAAUUGUUUUUAUAUUUGCAGUCUUUGAAUCCUUAGUACCAAGUUCUUUUUAUUUUCUAAAGUAUGUACUGUAAUUGGGACUUGUGAUAGUCAUUUCCCAACAUUUGCCCUCUCAGUAAUGUGUAAAUAGAGAGAUACGAAGCCAGCAAUUGAAUAACUAAUACAGUAUUUGCAAAAAAACAAACACAAUAGCAGUUAACGCAAGAUUUUUUCUAAUUAACAAAAUAAUUAAGAAAACUUUAUACUACACAGGUGGUCAGAUAAAUGCAGGCAAUUCCUAAAAGUCCAUUAAACAAAAUAAUGUAUGUUUGAGUGGUACCCUAUGCACUAUUAAUGCAUGUAAUGAUCAGCCAUAGUAGAAAAAUAAUGACUCCUUUUUUGCCUUGGGUUAUUUCACAACUUUACAGAAGAAAAUACUCUGAUUAUGUGUUUGUUUAUAGUGUUGAUAAUUUACAGUAUACUUGCUAUUAACUAUAUCAUGGCAUUGAUCUGGUAAACCUUUACCCAAACAAUAAUUUAAAGUUGAGGAUUCUCUCCUCUGUUCAGGAUGAUUGUGACUCAGGUUCAGAGUUUUUUGCUAUUUGGCAUCUUUUUCUUGACAAAGAAAAGUGUCACUGAAAUAUCCUUUGUGGUCAUUUGAUAAGUGGAGGUGGGGGGAAAGCACAAAUAUGAAUGAAACUGCCAUUUUACCUACCUAUUCUACCUUCUGGCAACAUCGCUUCAAGUGAUAGCAUGACAGAAUUGCACUCAAAUUUAUCAAACUUCUUCUAAAAACUGUCUUACUUUAAUUUAAAACAACUGCCAAGGGCCUUUUGGGCAACAUGGUUACUCAACCCAUGAAAUAUUAUGAUAUUUUUGUACUCUGUGUCUUCAGGUAUUCAUUUGAUUUCCUAACCCAUCUUGUUGAAUUAUUAUUAUUUUAUUUUUCGCUCACACUAACUCUGU